ACCACGCGCUGAAGUGGACUCUGGAUUUGUGUUUUGACGCAUCCUCCCCAUAAAUGAUUGUCAAUUUUGAAAUGUACUAGAAGUUUAUUGACACGCGUUAGGUAAGAAAAUCUGAUCGAGGUUUUGUGAGGGCGUUGCUUCUGUUUACAGUGGAUUCCGGGACCAAGUGACAGUCAUUCUAUUUGUCGUUGUGCACAAAAACAAACCGGCAAAAUCAGCAGCAGAAGUCACAGCCUCCUCCUCCGCACCCACAGUCAGUCAGUCUUUAGUCUGGACUGAAGCCCCUGUGGAAAUUCUGUCGUCUGCUCCUGAUUUAGAAAUGGCUGUAAAAUGGAAAGUAAAAACCUUUCUCCUGCUAACACUGCUUGGAAUGACUUUGCCUAGUGUUUUGUGUGAUGAUGAAGAAGUAACUAUUUCAGAGGAACCUGUUGAAAGCGAAGAUGGUGAUGAUUUUGAAGUAGUGUAUGUUUCUCCUAAACCUCUACCUAGUGCAUACCUGAUGGAGACAUUUGAUGAUGAUUCUGCAUUUGAAAAGCUAUGGGUUCGUUCACAAGCCAAGAAAGAAGGAGUAGAUGAGGAUAUAGCCAAAUAUGAUGGGGUUUGGGCUGUAGAGGCACAAGAAAGGUUAGCAUUAAGUGGUGACCAAGGACUGGUUCUCAAAUCAAAAGCUAAACAUGCUGCCAUAUCAGCUCCUCUCAAAAAGCCAUUUGUCUUUUCUUCAAAGCCAUUUGUUGUUCAGUAUGAAGUAAAUUUGCAGAAUGGCCAAGAGUGUGGAGGUGCAUAUAUUAAGUUACUAAGUGCACAAGAAGGAAGGGUAGAUUUGAACAAUUUCCAUGAUAAAACCCCUUACACGAUCAUGUUUGGACCUGAUAAGUGUGGAAAUGAGUUCAAACUUCAUUUUAUAUUCCGUCAUGUUAAUCCUCUCAAUGGUGAAAUAGAAGAGAAACAUGCUAAGAGACCACGGGACAAAAUUGAAGAACCUUUCAAAGACAAGAAACCUCAUCUUUAUACCUUGAUUCUUCGCCCUGAUAAUUCAUAUGAAAUAUUACUUGAUCAUGAGGUUGUGAAUUCGGGUAAUUUACUAGACGACUUCACUCCUCCUGUCAAUCCUCCUAAAGAAAUCGAUGACCCAGAUGAUUUUAUGCCAGAAGAUUGGGAUGAAAGGGAAAAGAUUCCAGACCCAGAAGCAGUGAAGCCAGAUGACUGGGAUGAGGAGGCUCCCAUGCAAAUUCCUGAUCCAGAGGCAGUCAAACCAAGAGGUUGGUUAGACAGUGAACCAGAGAUGAUACCUGAUCCAGCUGCAGAAAAGCCUGAAGACUGGGAUGAUGAGAUGGAUGGUGAAUGGGAAGCUCCUCUGAUAAAUAAUCCCAUUUGCACUGAAGUCCCAGGAUGUGGGGAAUGGAAGCCUCCAAUGAUUGACAAUCCUGACUAUAAGGGUAAGUGGAGACCAGAGAUGAUUGAUAAUCCCAACUAUCGUGGCAAGUGGAAACCUCGCAAGAUUCACAAUCCAGAUUACUAUGAAGACUUGGAACCUUUCAAGAUGACAUCCAUUGAUGCUGUUGGCAUUGAAUUGUGGUCUAUGUCAGACAACAUUUAUUUUGACAACAUCAUUGUUACCGAUACUGUUGCUGAUGCUGUUCAAUUUGCCCAGGAAACCUUUGAUCUUAAAGUUAUGAAAAUGGAGAAGGGUCAGCACACUAUGUGGGGAAAGAUUUUGAAGUUCACCAAUUACAAGCCUGGGUACUAUGCACUCUACCUAACAUACCUUAUGGUGCCAGUUUCAGCAAUCCUUUAUUGCCUUGGCAAGAGGGUUUAUCAGGAUUCUAAAGAUGAGAAAGAAGCUGCUUUACGAAAGAAGACAGAUGAACCAGCAGAUGAUGAUCCAGUACCAGAAGGUGCAGAGGAUGGCAAUGAUGAUAAAGAAGCUGGUGACGAUGAAGGUGCUGCUGGACUUUCAGAAGGAGAGAAGGAUGGAGAUGAUGAAAGGGAUGAGGGUGAAGAUGAAGAGGAUGCUGAAGAUGAUGAGGAAGAUAAAUCUGAAAAAGAGGAUACUCAUAACCGAACAUCACCAAGACUUCGUAAGUCAAGGAAAGAUUAGGAUGGAAGAGAUUAACAGGGCAUGUGUUAUCUUGGCUGUUUGGAAAUUGAAUAAGGGAGCAAGUAGGUUAAACUGGUAAUGACAUUGAAGUAAAUUGAUGUUGAUGUAUAUUUGCAUUGAAAUCUUGAGGCCUUAUGAUAUCAGUUAGUACAGUUUUAAGGGAAGUUAUCUUGAUUGUGAAUACAGUACUGAUUCAAAAGCUAAUUGUUAUUAAUUUGAUAUAAGUACUGUGGAGUGAUUUCCUUACAUGAUUUUAUCAAGGUGAGAUGUGAUGGAAUUUCUUUCAUCAGUAUGUGUAUUGUCAGUAUGAAAUUUAUACAAAUUUUAUAUUGAAAAUAUGUAAGCAUACAUUUGUGGUACAGUAGCCUAUAGAUAUAAUCUAGAUAGCUUCAUCAGAUGCUUGUAAUGGAACCAUAUACCAUUUUUAUUUAUUAGUAAUGUACAGCUUUUUUCUUUGAAUUCUUUCAUUUACUUAUAGUAGUCUCCCUUUAUGGAAAACAUUUUCCAUGUUAAUGUACAGUAUUUGUAUAUUUGCCAAAAAUUUAUAUAAAUAAUACAUAAUAAUGCAAAGGAAGAAAUAAUCAUAACCUUACUCCUAAAACUAGUCAUUUUUCUGUAGUUGCAGAAUAAUUGUGAGAGAUCAACAUUCCAAACAGUGUUAACAAAAAUGCAGAGGGAAAUAUUUGGUUUAGCUAACUUUUUAGCUUUGUUGAAAGUGUUGAUCUAGAAAGUGCAAUCUUUCUCUUGUUUUAACACCAUUUAUCAAGGAAUAAUCUUAGACAUAAUCACAAAUGAAAGAAAAGCAUGACUGCCUAGUGUUUACACAAAUUUUGAGUUGGUAUACAGCUUUGAUUUUGUAUCCCUGACAUGUAAUGCAUGUAAUAUACAUAGCUAUUAUGGAUUUAAUUCAAACUUAGAUGUCUUUUGUAAAUGCUGUAUUUUUAUGGUAGUCAUGCAUUUGGUUGUCAGAGUUUUUGCUUUGUAGUGAAUGAUUCGUGUAAUGCAGCUCACUUAAUAGUGUAAUAAUCUCAGAAAAACCAGGGUUAAUUUAUAUGGUCACUUUUUAGUGUGUUGUUAAAAGGGAUUAGUUGUAAGGUAAUGUCCAGUUAAAUAUUGUUACUCUAGAUAAAAAUGGAAACAAUUGUAUUUUCAUAUUUCAGGUUUGAAGAUACAUACUUCUUUCUAAAUAUGGGUAUUUUUAUUAUCUAAAUCUUUUAAAACUUCUUUGAUAGUAAAUAUUAAUGUCUUCUUGGUUUUAUCCAUAGUUAACAUUACAGAUUUAUUAAUUAGCUCUGUAGUCGGGUUGAACCAUGAUGGUAUUUUAUGUUAUGAAUUACACAAAGUUAUUAAUUAUCAGACUGACUUUUUUGUAAGUUGUUACCAUGAAGUCUAUAUUUUUAGACUAAUUAAAUAAUUAUGCAGUUUUAUUUUAUAUAUAUUUUGUAGUACAUCUAUGACAGAAUUUUUCUGUAUUUAGUGUAUCAUUAUUUCUAUAUUCCAAUAUCUAGCAUACUUUUUAGGGAAUUGUUUGAAAGCUAUACAUGAUUUAAUAGUUUCUCAAUUUAGGAACUGAAUGGCAGGUACAGGAGUUAAUUUAUUUUCUAAGAUUGUUUGUGGCCUAUAUUCCAUGAUAAGCCUUGUUACAUUACAUUAUUAUUUUAAGAUUUUAUAUCAGUUUUAGACUCCAUGAUGAAAACUGCUUUGUCUCUUGAGGACUAAUUUUUGUGUUAAUUUUAGUUUAUAACUGCUAGAUCUGUAUUUCACAUUAUUUACUAGGUCAAGUGAAUUGUAUGUUAGUGUGGCAGUGAUAAUGUUCAGUGCUGUGGAUAUAAGGAAAUAUUUUAUAACUAGUUAUGUUCUUAGAGGAGAGCUACAAUUGUCUCAUGGUUUUGUAGGUGUUGUCAUAAUUUUCAAGUUCGGUUGCCUGUAAAUGUUAUCCAUAGUAAUUUUUUCCUUGGCUGUCAGCAUGUGCAGUGAAUACCAAGUCACACUUCACUCACCUGACCUGCAAAAAUUUUGUAGUGAACCAAGAUUAUAUUAUGAAUCUUUUAAAAAACUAAAUUCCUCUGGAGCCUUAUAUAUAUAAAAUUUUAGGCAGGGAACUUAGGACAGACUUCUGUUUCACCAUUAGUGUGUAACAGUUUUAAGAAUACCUGAAAGCUGUGCACGGGGUCCACUUAUGAAAAUACGACAUAGUGGAAUGCUUUUGUUACAGCUUGUUUGAGAGCUGCAUUGAGGAAGAUAUGUUUUUGAAUUUAUGUAAUUUUAUACCAAUGUUGUGCUAUACAGAAAAUCAUAUUAAGUUUUCUUAAAAAAAAAUUAGUUUGAAUCUUCCAUAUAGCAUUGUACUGUGGUAUUAUGAUGUGUACAGUAUAGCACAGCAAAUUAUGCAGGUUAUCAUGUAAUUACUAAAAAGGAUGUACAAUGCAGAUUUGCUGUUAUUAUUACUUUGGCAGGAAUUAAAAUUUGAUAUACUAUAUGAAUAUCCAUUGUUCCUUAACAGCCAUAUGAAUAUUCAUUGUUCUUGUCAGCCAGUGCUUUAUGUAAACCUGACACAAAAUUUACACAUCUCAAAAAUAGUUUUCUUAGUCAGUAGGAUUAGAGGUGUAGUUUGUUAGCUUUGCAUUUGUGAAAAUGAAACCAAUUAUUCAUAAACUUGAAAUAUUAAAAAAAUUUGUUUAUCUUGCAGCGGGUAUGGAAUAAAAAGUAGUGUUCAUUCAGUUGGUCAUAAUUUUCACCAAAUUUCUCCCAACAAUUGUUAACAUCGUUGCAGGAAGUUUUCACUAGUUGAAAUUAUUCUUAUGGUCACAGAAAACCUUGAAAUUGUUCCACUUAAAUUAAAUCACUCAUUUUUUGUUUGAUGCUGCAGAAUUUACUUCUCCAAAUAUCCAUUAGUUGUAAGGCAUUUUGCAGUUCAUUAGUUUGGUCAAUCUUGCCAAGACAUAAAGCAUAAACUAGUACUGUGGAAGGUGAGAAAUUUGAGAAAAACUGGUAUGUAAGUUGCAAUCAUUUUUUUCCAGUCCUUCAAUCAUGCAUAUGUUCAUCCUUUUGAUAAAGUAGGUUGCUAAGUUGUAAACAUUUGUUAUGAAUUGUGGUGUAGAAAAUAAAGACAUUUUAUAAUCCUGAA